AUGAUUACUUCAUUGCAAAAAUAAAUUAAUGCCCAUCAUUUUGAAUCAAGCAAGGAAGCACCUAACCACAAUUAGUUGAGUUCAUAAACUGUUUAAUCUUUAGUCGCUUCCAAAAAUUAUAAGCAACAAGAUAUAGUAUUAUAGACUUCAAGAGCUUUACCAUAAAAUAAAAAUGAUUUAGUCCUUCAAAAUCAUGAAAACAUAGAAUCUAACUUAUAAAAAAAUGCAUUCUCAAGCUACAAUAAUUUUUAGUCAAACUUAUUGAGUGGUAGAGAAAUAACACCUGCAGAGGCUUAAAUAACAAAGAAUAUAUUACAAUAGAUUCCAUAUAUCUCAUAAACUAAUUUGGCACCUUCUUAAAAAACUUUUGUAGAUUAAAUGAUGGAAAGUAAAAGAAAAAAGAAACCAAGGGCAAUGUCAAUUUAUAAUACAAUUAAAUGGAAGUUUUUUGCAAGUAAAUGGUUCAGUAAUACAAGCUCAUCUAGAUUUAAAAAAUUAAACUAUGAUCAUUUUAACUUAAUAAAUGAUAAAGCAACAGUCAUUUCUGAAGGCUCUCUUCCUAAUUCUUAGUAGAAUAACUCAUAAAAGAUCAAAUAGAAAAGUAGGAUAUUUUGUUUUGACUGGAAUAAAAAAUAAAAUAGAGAUUCAGGCGACACACAAGAAUAAUAAGAUACCUAAACUGUAGAAACAAACUUUUAAAACCAUAAAUUUAAGUAGAUCUUUUCUUAGUAAAGUCUUUGGUGGUGUGAUUAGUGGUUUUAAUGCAUUCCUGUCUUUUCACCCUCUGGAAAAUUUAAGUUUGUAUGGGAUAUAAUAAUAUUGUUUGUUAUAAUAGCUUUCUUAUUUAUGAUUCCUUUAGAGCUUACAUUUAAAUAAUCUCUCUGUACGCUAUUCAAUAGCCACUUUGUAAUAUUUUCUAUAUCAGUUUUAAUAGCUGAUUUUAUUCUUGCUUGGAAUUUUGGAUAUUUUGAAAAAGGACUUCCUAUCACAAAAAGAUCUCAGGUUGUAUUCAAUUAUUUAAAGAAUGGGAUCGUUAUUGAUGUAUUUGCUUCUAUAUUUCUAGUUUAUGAUAUUUUAAUUGCUUCACACUAAAAUUGGAAUGUGCUGCACUUGCUUUUUAUCCUAAAAAUCAAAUCUAUUAAGGUAAUUUUCAAAAAAAUUGAAGAGAGAUUUCAUUUGACACCUAAAGUAAUGCAAGUCUCCUCAUUGUUCCAACUUUUAUUCCUGAUAUUAACAGUUUCGCAUAUCUUUGCAUGCAUGUGGGUCUUGGUUGCUCAUUAUGAAAUUAACAUUCAAGUUAAGUCAUGGAUUUAAACUGAUAUAUACUAUCCUACUGAUUGGUUUGGCUAAUAUGUAACAGCAUAUUAUUUUGCCACUGUUACAAUGAUCACUGUCGGCUAUGGUGAUUAUUCUCCAGUAAAUAAUGCAGAAAGAUUGAUUUGCAUUGCUUCAAUGUUGAUUUCAUGUGGUGUUUUUGCUUAUAGUAUUAAUGCAAUAGGAGAAAUAUUUUCUGCAAUUAAUAAGCAAAAUAAAAAGAUUAAAGAAGAUCUCUAUACUAUAAGUAAUUUUAUGAGCAAAAAAAAUAUUGAGAGAGAAUUAUAGUAUGAAGUGAGAGAGUAUUUAGAAUAUUUGUGGUAUAUGCAAAGCAAUAGAGAACAAGAAAAAGAGCAUCAAAUAAUUGAUUAGUUAAAUCCAUAAUUAAGAGAUAAGUUGUUAUUUGAAACUCAUAAAUUCAUUCUUUAGUAAUUCAAGAAUUUUAGUGAUAAUUUUUCAGAAGAAUUUUUAGUAAGUAUGAUAAAAAUUAUGGAAGAGUAGUCCUACAGAGUCGAUGAAUAAGUAAUGUGUGAAAUUAAUGAACAUGAAUGUGAUUUAUUUUUUGUAGAGUCUGGAAAAUUUAUUAUUUAUGUAGACGAAAAUGCUGAAAAAAUAGUCAAGCAUAUGUAACGAGGAGAUUAUUUUGGAGAAUAUGCAUUCUUUUCAGGAUAGGCACAUUCUUAUAAUAUUAAAGCUUUAGAAUAUUCAACAGUAAUUAGGCUUAGAAGAAAAAAAUUCCUUGCAUUAAUUUAAACUUAUCCAGUUGAUUAUGAAAUAUUUUGUUGUAUUUAAGAUAAGUUGCUUUAUUCAAAAGAAUAAAGUAUUUUAAAAUCUCAGUGCUUUUCUUGCAGAUCUUUAAAUCACACCUUUUAAUAAUGUCCUUUUAUUCAUCUUGUAGUUAAUCAAAUAGCAGCUAUUAAUAAACUUAGCUUGUCGGAGUUUUGUGAUCGGAAGGAUGUGAAAAGAAGGAUAUAAAAAUUUCCAAGCCUACUUCUAUAGCAAUAUGUAUUUCAAAAAUAUGACUGCUUCAAUUUAGAAAAUAACGAACUAAUUGAUGGAUACAUUGAGCAAUUCAAUGAAUAUAACGAACUUAUUGAUGAAGUUUCUGAACUCAGUCAAAAUAUAUAGAGAAUUCAGUCGAAUGAGGCAAUACAACUUGUAAAUAUUUAAAAUUAAUAAGUCAAUGAAAAAGAGUAAAAAAAUAACAUCUAUUGCUCCCCAGAUGUAAGACCUGCAUCUUUAUCUAUAGGACCAGCUCAUAUGGGUAGCAUAGAAGAGCAACUUAAAAAUUUUACAAAACAGUUUUCAUAAACCUUUACUAAAUAGCAAUCAUUUAACAAUUAAGGUAAUAGAAAUUUAACAAAGGAAUUUAAAAGUGGGGUAAAUUCUAAUUUAUUUAUUGCUUCUGAGCUUGAAAAUACAGAGUAAAUUGCAAAAGCUUAAAGAUAAUUUGUAAGACCGCCUGCUUUAAUUAUUCCAUAAAAUACGCCUCCUUCCCCUAAAUAAGUUAUAAAUUCAGUUACAACUUCAAAAGCCUCUAACAAAGAUAAAAAUAAUAUUUAAAAUUCAAAAAAUAAUGUACAAAGUCCUUUAAUAAUGAGCAAUAGUUCGAAUAAACAAAAUAAUUUAUUGCCAGUGAAUAACAGCAUAAAUCAUAUGAAUAAUAACAGUCAACUAUAUUUUUACCAACACAACAACUAAGAAGAAUCAUCCAAAAUUGAUAAUUCGUUUAUGCAAGGAUCUAAAUUAAAAAUAUAAAACAAUCAUAGCAACCAUAUCUAGUUAAAUAAUACUCAUACUGUGAAUUUGGAAUUAAACAAUAAACAAAAAUUAAAUGAUUUAAUUUAUUAAAUUGUUCAAACAUAUGCUUAAAAAGAUUAUGAAAUUUAAGGCUUAAGCAACUAAGAAGAAUUUGAAAUUUAAAAGAAUUUCGACUUUUACUUACCACAUAAUAACUUAUCAGUAAUUUUAGAGUACUUUAAAUUCAAAUAAAAAAGCAUCAAAACUAUGAAACUUUCAUUAAGAAAUAGCACUCACUAUAACAAAAGCAAAUUAUAAAAUACUCCAAAAUAAAAAAAUAGCAAUACUUGUAUUGAUAACAAUGAUCAAUCUAAGUAUAACUGUUCUCUCUUUAUGAAAAACAUCCUAAAUAAUCCUAAAAGCCACCACUUAUUUAGAAAAUUCUAGCAGUAAAAAGUGAAAAUAAUUGAGUCAAAAUAAAGAAGAUAAGCUUAGCUCAUCAAAAAAAGGAAAACAAAUAAAGCAGUUACUACUAAAAUAUAGAAACUGAUAUAAAAAUAUGAGUAAAUAUCUAAUGGUCCUGUUGAAAGUAAUUUAGAAAAUCACUCAACCACAUAACCAAACUAAAAAAAUACAAUACCUGAAACAUCUGUGGUUGAAAAUAUUAAUGAUAGCAACAACAAAUCAUAGAAAAAUUAAAGUUACUAUAUGUGUAAACGUCUAUCGUGUUUUUCUCAGUUAGCUCCAAUGUGUAAAGUAGAAAGUGGUUUAGAUGAAAUAAAAAAUGUAUAAAGUGGUGAAAAUGGCAUAACUAAUAUGGACUAAGAAAUCAAUCUAAAAAAAUAAAAUUUUUUAAAACUUCCAUCUUUGUAAAAUUAUAUCUAAAAUAAAAUAAGGUUUUCAAUAUCUUCUAACAGAAAAUCUUUUUAAAGUGAUACUUUACAGAGCUAAGGUAAAGAUUAAGAUAAGAAAUAAAAUUAAGAGCCUCUUAACUUUUAGGAAAUGUAUAAAUAAGCUUGUAUUAAUGAAGAUAUUUCAUCUUCAUCUUCAGAAUCUGAAAAUACUCCUCGUCAUAACAUGAAUGAUAUUAAGGUAUUUUAACACAACCAUCAGAUCAUUAACUCUUCUUAAUACAUAAUAUAUUCCCCACAAAAUAAUGACUCAAAUUAUUCCUAAAACUAGCUUCAACCUUAAAAAUAAAAUGACAAUUCUUCUUAUUAUACUUAACAAAUCAGAGAUCAAAGCAAAAUCCAUUUUUUUAAAAAUGAUUAUUGA